ACAUGGCGAUGUCCGGCGCUGCACUCGUGCGGUUGCGCGUGCUGUGGCACUUUCGAGGAGGCUGGAGAACGCAGGAGUGGCGCUCGGUCAGUCGGUACACAAACAGCGUCGUUGACGAGAGGCUCGCAAGCCGAGCGGGAGUCUCGCGCAGCGGCAACGCGGGAAGGCAGCGCGAUGCGCAGGAGCUGCUCAGUGAGUUCCCGGAACCCAAGAACCUCCUACACAAAACCUUGUCACAGAACCUGGGUCUUUCGGACCUUUCUGAGCUGCUGCGGUACCACUGCACCGAGGGCCCUGUCAAGAAAGCCACACUGACUGUCCUGUGGCCCAAAAGAAUAGAGGUGGAGGGCUUCGCCUCGAGAAAGGUGGAGGCCGAACGCCUCGCUGCUGCUGCCGCCUGUCGCACGCUGAAGGAGCUGGGAGUACUGAGGACGGAUGAUGAGCUUUCACAAAGAAAAGUGGAACAUGUGCAGGAGGAGCAGGAGCAAGCAUCACAGGCAACUGUUGGCAUCCAUAGGGACCCUCAGCACAGGGAGACUGACCCCUCCAGCUCUGCCAGGUACAUCAGUCCAUCUCAGGAGGAUCCUCUCUCGCUGUUUCCAAAGCCUAAAGAACUAUUGGGGAGAGUCAUCCAGGUUGCCACAUCGUCUUCCAGUAUCAAAGAUGUGGUGCAGUACCAGACAAAGGGGGGCAAGACCAAGAGCUGCCUGCUGACCUUGCGAUGGCCCGAAGAGAUGAGCUUCCAGGCUUCUGCAUGGCGCCGAGUGGAGGCUGAGCGUAGAGCAGCAGCACUGGCCUGUAUGAAGCUGAAGGAAAUGGGUCUGCUGAGCAAAGACAACCAGCCCCUGACACAUGCCAGGUAUCAUCUGGUCAAGGUUCGAGAGAUGGAGGGGAGAGAGAGACAAGCCCAUAUUCUGAACAUCCCAGAGCACCUGGAGGAGCAAGUAAGGGAAUACCUGGCCCAGUUUCCAUUGGAGGAAGAUGUAAGAAAGCUCCAAAAAGUAGAGGAAAUUGAGGAACAGGAGUGUAAAGAGAAGGAAGAGGAAGUGACCAGAGAUGCCAUCACAAAUGCGCCGUACCGUGCCCUGUCUCCUGAGGAAGCAGAGAAGCUGAGUGCCUACCUGCAGGAAGAGUGGAGACAGACAGAUCUCUGGCUGGGAGCGGAGCUUCCAGUUGAUGCCCACCGGGAGCAUGUGGUGUCCACUGUGGAAGCGUCUCGAGUAACAGUGGUAGCUGGAGAGACAGGCUGUGGAAAGACAACCCGCAUCCCACGCUUCCUGCUGGAGCACCGUGUGUUGGCCGGCGAUGGAGCAAACUGCAACAUUCUGGUGACGCAGCCACGUCGCAUCAGUGCUGUGUCUGUGGCCCAGAGAGUUGCUCAGGAGUUGGGACCCUCUCUGCGACACUGUGUAGGCUACCAGGUGAGGCUGGAGAGCCGGCCUCCGAAGCACAGCGGUGGAGCAUUGCUCUUCCUCACUGUGGGUGUGCUGCUGCGGAAGCUGCAAACCAACCCAACGCUGGAGGGUGUGAGCCAUGUGGUGGUGGAUGAAGUACACGAGCGUGAUGUUAACACUGACCUGCUGUUGGCGCUGUUGCGCUCAGCGCUGCGUGAUAACCCCCACCUACGGGUGGUGCUGAUGAGUGCCACUGGUGACACACAAAGGCUGGCGCACUACUUUGGGGACUGCCCCGUGCUCAAGGUCCCUGGGUUCAUGCACCCUGUGCAAGAGAGAUACCUUGAGGAGGUGCUGACUGAGAUGGGCCACAGGCCACCCCCUCCAUACCAGGCUGACAGAGUAACACAGGAAGAAGAUGAUGCCACUCCUGAUUUGGACUUGGUGGUUCAUGUGAUUGAUCACAUUCACACAAGUGGAGAGCCAGGUGCAUUGCUGUGCUUCUUGCCCGGCUGGCAGGACAUCAGAGCCGUGCAGGAGAAGCUGGAGGAGAAACCCUCAGUCAGAAGCAGUGCGCAUAUUUUGCCGUUACACUCUAGCCUAUCCGUCUUGGACCAGCAAGCAGUCUUCCAGCGGCCGUCCCCAAGCCAGCGUAAGAUUGUCCUGGCCACCAAUAUCGCCGAGACCUCAAUCACCAUCAAUGACAUCGUGCACGUUGUGGACGUGGGUGCACAGAAGGAGCAGCGCUAUGAUCCACGUACCAAGGUCUCUUGUUUGGACACUGUCUGGGUCUCUCGUUCAAGUAUCACCCAGCGCAGAGGGCGAGCAGGCCGCUGCCAGCCUGGCCAUGCCUACCACUUGUUUCCACGUCGUCGUCUAGACACAAUGAAGAUGUUCCCUAUUCCAGAGAUCCUGCGCACCCCCCUAGAGAAUGUGGUGAUGCAGGCAAAGAUACACAGCCCCCAGGCUAAGGUUGUGGACUUCUUGUCCCAGGUGUUGGACAGUCCAGAUGAGGCUGCUGUCCGGGAUGCUGUGUCUGUCCUGCAGGAGACUGGGGUGCUGGAUGAGGCAGAGGCCCUAACCCCGCUGGGCAAGCGCAUUGCCCAAUUGUCUUGUGACCCUCAGCUGGGAAAGGUUCUGGUUCUGGCAUCCUUGUUCCGCUGUGUUUUGCCCCUGCUUUCCAUCACAGCCUGUUUGACCCGAGACCCCUUUCUCAACAGCCUGCAAAACCGCACUCUGGUCAGCCAGGCAAGGGCAGAGCUCAGUGGCCACAGCUGUAGUGACCACCUCAUCUUCAGCCGUGUGGUUCAAGGAUGGAGGCAAACGCAGCGCAACCGCUGCAGCAGACAGGAGUUCCUGGACACCUACACACUGUCAGGAUCUAGCCUCCGCUUCAUUCAGGGACUCAUACAGCAGUUCAGCGAGAACCUUCAAGAGGCUGCGCUGGUGCAACAUGCCUCCGAAUGCCUACACCAGUCAUCUCAGAUCAACCAGCACAGCCAAGAGGAUGAGCUGGUCAAGGCUGUCCUUGCAGCUGGGUUGUACCCCAACAUUAUAAAGGUAAAGAGAGGUUCGGUACUUAAAGGGAGGUUUAGACCCAACAGUCUCUCCUACCGCACUCGCAGGGGACCAGUUAUUCUGCAUCGCUCUACUGUCAACAGGAGUAAAGAGCAACUCCCUAGUCGCUGGUUGACCUUCUUCACUGCAGUCCAGUCCAAUGGGAGCGUGUUCAUCCGAGACUCAUCCUCCAUUCACCCACUGGCCCUGCUGUUGCUCACUGACUGUGACAUCAUUGAAAGGGUUUCCGGGGACCGAGUGAAGGUGUCGCUAUCGAACCACUCACUGGUGCAGUUUGAGUUGCCGCUGCAGACCUGGGAGCUGCUCUGGGAACUGCGUGUUGCCCUGCGUGCCAUGCAGAUGCGUGGUCUGCAGGGGCUGCCGGCUGAGGAUCAAGAUAGCCGGCUCAUUGCCCUGCUGAUUGAACUGCUCAAUGGCACAGAGCAACAAGUGGGCCAGGACAACUUGCACAGCAGCAGGGGCAGUGACAGGGAAAGUGACACAGAUGAUGUGGACAAAAACGAGAAUUAAGGGGACAACAGGCUGAGCCCUCACAGUGAAAGCUGCUAUUUGGCCCCCGCUUUCCUCUCACACUGCUGCUACCUAAGACCAGAGAUUACUGGCUUCCUCCUCUACCAUUGGGGUUUGGACAGUUGAGGAUGAGACACCACUGAACAGAGAUGUGAGCACAGCAGGAAUGGUGGAAAGAAUGUUAUGGACCAACACCAACCCACUCAGGAGAAAGUCUGUUUGGGCCAGAAUCUGAAUUGCCUGCCUUCCUGGACCUUAAAAGUGCUUGUGUUGUCUUGUGUGUUCAGAGUUGCCAGAGUACUAUAUUGAUAUAGAGCAAAUUUUUUCAGGGUAAAAGGAUUCUUAAGCAUUUAACAUUAAGUUGAAAUGAAUGUAAAGUAUUUCUUGAUCUUGCCAUGGUGAUGGUUAUACCAUUCAAUUUAAAAUAGCUGAUUUGUCUUAUGUAGUUCUACAAUGUUUUCUUUUGGAAGAUGGCAGAAGGUGAAAAGCAAGGUGCAGUUGUUAAAAGGUGAG